GAGUCUUGCUCUAUUGCCCAGGCUAGAUUGCAAUGGCGAGAUCUUGGCUCACUGCAACCUCCGCCUCCUGGGUUCAAGCAAUUCUCCUGCCUCAGCCUCCAGAGUAGCUGGGAUUACAGGUAUGUGCCAACACGCCUGGCUAAUUUUUUUGUAUUUUUUUUUAGUAGAGACGAGAUUUCACAAUGUUGGCCAGGCUGGUCUUGAACUCCUGACGUCAGGUGAUCCACCUGCCUCAGCCUCCCCAAGUGCUGGGAUUACAGGCAUGUGCCACCGUGCAUGGAACCUGGUUUUAUCUUGAAAUGUUGCAAACGUUUAUAAAGACAGUAUUUCUAAAUUCACAUCAACAUCUUAUGGUAACGGCUAGCUCCUACUUGUCAUAUGACUGCCCCGGUACAAGCGUUAGAUGCAGCUUCUACAGCAGGAAGCAGAUGACUUCCUUCUGGAGGCCUCUUUUUCUUUUUUCCCUUUUUUUUUUUGAGACGGAGUUUCGCUCUUGUUGCCCAGGCUGGAAGACAAUCGCGCGAUCUCGGUUCACUGUAACUCGGGUUCAAGCGAUUCUCCUGCCUCAGCCUCCGGAGUAGCUGGGAUUACAGGCAUGUGCCACCAUGCGUAAUUUUGUAUCUUUAGUAGAGACGGGGUUCCUCCAUGUUGGCCAGGCUGGUCUCGAACUCCCGACCUCAGGUGAUACACCUGCCUCGGCCGCCCAAAAUGCUGAGAUUACAGGCGUGAGCCACCGCACCCGGCCCUUUUUCUUUUAUUCUGUAGCCCAGGCUGGAGUGCUGUGACGUGAUCACGGUUUACUGCAGCAGCGACCUUCUGGGCUCAGCGAUCUUCCUGCCUCAGCCUCCCGAGUAGCUGAGACCACGAGUGCUCACUGCCGCCCCCCCAGCUUUUUUUUUUUUUUGUAGCGAUGCGGUCUCACUAUGGUGCCCAGGCUGGUCUGCAACUCCCGGGCUCAAGCGAUCCUCCCGCCCCGCAUUUCAAAGUACUGGGAAGGCCCCUUCCAAGCUUAAGCAGAGAUAAUGGUUUUCAAGUUAAACAAAGGUAACCAAGGAAAAAGUUUUCUCUGAAUACCGAGAUAAAUUAGGGAAAUCGCCAGAGAAUGUGGUGCUGAGGAAACACUACUGAAUUACACCACACAGACCGGAGCGAUGCUGGUCUGGUCAAAAGGGCAACCGGACGCCUUAAAAGCGGGGCGGGGGAACGCGUAGAGCCCGUAGAGGAACACGGAGGCGCUGGGUUAAGAGUCAGGGAUACGCAGGCUUCGAAACCCGCUCGGCCGCUCCACCCGGGGGAAAGUCCAGCGAAGGGCGGCAGCAAACCUCAGGGAGCAACUCCCGGCGUCAGAGAAGCGGUACUGGGAGCCGGUUAUGGAAGAAUCCGGAACGAAGGCACUGGGCGCGGUGAGGCAGUGGGGGCAGAGUCCGAGAAUCAACAGCUGUGGCUGGCCACACCACGCCCAGAGCGAAAUUAAGGGCGCGCCCCCAGCAGCCGACUCAGUCGGCGUGGCGCUUCUCCCAUAGUCUCCCAUGCUUCCGCCGCGGGAAGUAGUCCCCGGCUGCGCCGACUCCAAAGGAAACCGAGGGAGGGUGCCCCGAGUCAGCGCGUGGGUCCCGGCAGCGGCGAUCGCGCAGCCAAUCCCUGGAAAGGAGGGCGUGGCCAUAUCGGCCCCGUGGAUCCCUCCGCCCGUGUUUGCUGUGCUGAGGCCGAGGAAACCGCCAUUUUGGAUGGUGAACCCUGAAGUCGGUGUCUGCUGUGUUCAGGGCAGGAUUCGGUUAGGAGGAACAGCACAGCAUGCUGGGCUCUGGAUUUAAAGCUGAGCGCUUAAGAGUGAAUUUGAGAUUAGUCAUAAAUCGCCUUAAACUAUUGGAGAAAAAGAAAACGGAACUGGCCCAGAAAGCAAGGAAGGAGAUUGCUGACUAUCUGGCUGCUGGGAAAGAUGAACGAGCUCGGAUCCGUGUGGAGCACAUUAUCCGGGAAGACUACCUCGUGGAGGCCAUGGAGAUCCUGGAGCUGUACUGUGACCUGCUGCUGGCUCGGUUUGGCCUUAUCCAGUCUAUGAAGGAACUAGAUUCUGGUCUGGCUGAAUCUGUGUCUACAUUGAUCUGGGCUGCUCCUCGACUCCAGUCAGAAGUGGCUGAGUUGAAAAUAGUUGCUGAUCAGCUCUGUGCCAAGUAUAGCAAGGAAUAUGGCAAGCUAUGUAGGACCAACCAGAUUGGAACUGUGAAUGACAGGCUAAUGCACAAGCUGAGUGUGGAAGCCCCACCCAAAAUCCUGGUGGAGAGAUACCUGAUUGAAAUUGCAAAGAAUUACAAUGUACCCUAUGAACCUGACUCUGUGGUCAUGGCAGAAGCUCCUCCUGGGGUAGAGACAGAUCUUAUUGAUGUUGGAUUCACAGACGAUGUGAAGAAAGGAGGCCCUGGAAGAGGAGGGGGUGGUGGCUUCACAGCACCAGUUGGUGGACCUGAUGGAAUGGUGCCAAUGCCCAUGCCCAUGCCUAUGCCAUCUGCAAAUACACCUUUCUCAUAUCCACUGCCAAAGGGACCAUCAGAUUUCAAUGGACUGCCAGUGGGGACUUAUCAGGCCUUUCCCAAUAUUCAUCCACCUCAGAUACCAGCAACUCCCCCAUCGUAUGAAUCUGUAGAUGACAUUAAUGCUGAUACCUCUUCUGCACAGAUUGUUGGUCCUGGACCCAAGCCAGAAGCCUCUGCAAAGCUUCCUUCCAGACCUGCGGAUAACUAUGACAACUUUGUCCUACCAGAGUUGCCAUCUGUGCCAGACACACUACCAACUGCAUCUGCUGGUGCCAGCACCUCAGCAUCUGAAGACAUUGACUUCGAUGAUCUUUCCCGAAGGUUUGAAGAGCUGAAAAAGAAAACAUAGGUCUCUUAAACCAGGCAACUUUCACGUUCUGGGAGUUGAGACUGAGCAAUUUCUCCUUGUAACAAAGAAUCUCCAUGAAAUUCCGUUUCAUCUGUUAACCGUCACUCAGCACAACACUCCUCCUCUGGGCUCUCUUCCUGCUCCUCCAGAUUCUGCUGCUUUCCAGUUCUCUGUUGAUCCUGAGACUAACAACUGGAGAUUGAGGCCGGAGCAACAGGCUCCUGGCAGCUGUGCUUGUCCGUUUCCUGUCAGAGUGAUCCCAUGGUCCCUCCACAGGAGUGUGAGGAUGGGGAAGCACUGGGGAGACCACCAAAGAUGGCUAGACAGUGGGAGAGAGCACGUUGUGAAGCAUCCUAGCCUCGUGUUGAGGUUCCAGACUUAGAAACAAACCCCUCUGUCCAGGGGGAUUGUGGUGAGUGAGAAGGCCACAGUGUGUGUUUUCUCACUCUCGAUUGAAAGUGGGAGGGAGAAAAUGACUCAGGACACCAUUGUAACGGUUCCUGGAAGCUGGGCUCUCUCAUUGGCAUAUACACUACUCCUCGCUGCAGGGCACUGUCACACCGGGAUCCAGUUGCAAAGUUUGUCUCGACAGUUGAAGGCCUCAUUUAGUUGUACUGGAUUCUCAGGGAGCCCUCUGUGGCCUUUUGCUUUGAGUGCUGUUUCCCUUAUACCAGAGGGCGGCACCGUGGAAAUUCUGUUUUCCCUGUAGCAUAUUGUGUUGGAUUGCAUUACUGGCAGAGAAAGGACAAGUUGCCAUUCAAGUCUAGGGUGGGCUUCCAGCUGCCUUAAUAGAAGUACUCAAGUCUUUUGGGUAGUGAGCUGGAAAGCCUACAGGAAAAGAGGGGUACCUGUUUUCAUUUGAAAACUUUGAUUCAUGGAACCUUUCAAACUAAUCUCAGAUAAAUUUUUGGUGCCCAUGUGGCUGUAGUUGUUCACUGCUUUCCUGGAUGGAUGGGACUCUUGUGUCGUAACUUCUGUUACUCCUUUGGCCCAUAGCUAAGGUCAUCCUUCCCCACAGGGGUGGCUUUGGGAUUGGAUGAUACAGCUUUUGCUUCUGUGUAGUAUACCUGUACAUACUUGUUUCAGGCAGUGUUUCUUUAAUGUUUUCAGUUGGUUUGUAUUCUGUAGCUCAGUAGCUGCUAAUAAAGUUAAAGAUCCUG